UGUCCACACAAUCCAGGAAGAAGGGCGGCAGCAGGUCCGGUUCCGGCCGAACUUGGAGAAAGAGCAGAGGGAGAAUGUCUCGGCUCGGUUCUCUCAGACAUCUGGUCAGACAGAAACUGUCCGCCGCCGCGGAGGAGAUCCUGUCGGAGUUCGAGAAAACAAUCCUGCAGUACGAGCAGGAGAUCGACCGUCAGCGCCGAAAACUGCUGCAGUUCGAGUUCCGAGCAGAUUCCCCGCAGCAGCACGCGUUCAAAGAGGAGGACUUCGUCUGCCCUCCAGAACUAAAGUGGGGUUUGGAUCUGAGGGAACCAGAACCUCUGCAGACUGCAGAGGAGCUGCGCCGCAGUCGGGAUGACCAGGAGUUCGCAGUGAAGCAGGAGGUGGAUUCCUUUGUGGAGGCGGCUCAGCAGGAGAGCAGUGGGCCAGAACCCAGCGGACAGCAUCCUCUGUUGUUCCGGUACCAGGACCAGAACCAGGAGGAGGGCCAGCAUGGAGCGCUGCAGCCUCUCGGGGCCACAGAGUGGAUGCAGGACGGCAUCAGCAGUCGGGAAGAAGAUGCAGCAGAAGGUCAGAGUCAUCUGAACCCAGGAAAAGUCCUGUUCAACUGUGACGUCUGCGGGAAGGUGUUCCGGUUUCAGUACCAGCUGAGGAUCCACGCCGUGGCGCACACCGACGAGCGGCCUUUCUCCUGCAAGGUCUGCGGCAAGAGUUUCAAGAGGAAGAGGUGCUUCCUGAUCCACAGCCGGGUCCACACGGGUGAGAACCUGAACGCCUGUGAGAUCUGCGGGAAGACUUUCACCAAGAGCUCCGCCCUGACCGUCCACAUGCGGAUCCACCGGGGCGAGAGGCCCUUCUCCUGCCAGAUCUGUGGGCGGAGCUUCACCCAAAACUGCGCCCUGAACGUCCACAUGCGGAUCCACCGGGGCGAGAGGCCCUUCUCCUGCCCGAUCUGUGGGCGGAGCUUCACCCAGAACUGCACUCUCACCGUUCACAUGAGAAUCCACACCGGCGAGAAGCCCUUCUCCUGCCAGCUUUGUGGGCGGAGCUUUACACAAAGCUGCGCUCUGUCUACACACCUGAGGAACCACCCCUGAGAAGAUCCUGAGUCCUACAGCUCAGUUUCAGUUCAGAACACGCAGGUUUAGGGGCAUAGCGGUCCUGGUUGAUAUUGAUAUUUACUUACUCGUGUCUUCUCACUGUAAAUGGUUGGCCCGGGACCAGAGACCCUAAUUUGGUUUUAUCUCUGUGAAAAAAUGACAAUAAUAGAUUUCUGAUUCAAAUCCCAGCUGUUCUCCUCAUGCAUGCGUCCAAAGACGUGCUUCAUAGGUUCAUUGGUGACUCUGAUUGUCCGCAGGUGUGUGAGUGGCCCUGUGACAGACAGGUGAUCUGUCAGGGGUGAGCCCGCCUUCACCCCACAGUAGCUGGGAUAGGCUCCAGCAACCCAGUGAUCCUGAAAAGGAUUCAGCAGAUAAAAAGGAAGGAAGACGCAGAUUUGGAAAACAGUUUGAGUUUCUGCGUUUCUAUUUCUAGAAAUUAUCUUGUUUGUUAAAAACACUAAUAAAAACAGAUUUUCCAUUUUAAA